GCUUUUGGUUCCACUGCAUUACCUCAAAAUCCACGAUUCCUUGCUCCCAGCUUCCAUGAUUUCAUCGACCAAUUAAAUUUAUCAAGACUCAAUUCGACUUCUUUCAAAUUUCGGCAGCUUAGAUCUCCAUUAAUUGCGGUUUUUGCGCAGCUCGCGAAUUGGGGUUAAGGUUUGUUGGGAAUGGCUGAAAAUGAUGCUCCUGCUGAAAACGUUCCCUCUAACGAGAAUAAUGCGCCUUCGGAGAGUGAAAGUGAGACGUCAAUUGAUGCAUUGGCAAGAAGGGUUCAAGAGUCACUCUCAGUGUCAAAGAGGCAUAAGUUUUGGGAGACUCAACCGGUAGGCCAGUUCAAGGAUCUUGGAGACACGAGCCUGGCUGAAGGUCCGAUUGAGCAACCAACGCCACUUUCUGAAGUCAAGCAAGAGCCGUAUAAUCUCCCAGCUCCCUAUGAAUGGGUCACAUGCGAUAUGGAUUCAGAGGAGGUGUGCAGUGAGGUGUAUACUUUAUUGACCAAUAACUAUGUUGAGGACGAUGAAAACAUGUUCAGAUUCAACUACUCGAAAGAGUUUCUUGGAUGGGCACUUCGCCCUCCUGGUUAUUUCCGGAGCUGGCACAUUGGGGUAAGGGUCAAGACUACGAAGAAACUGGUAGCAUUCAUUACUGGGAUCCCUGCAAAGAUACGUGUUCGUGAUACUGUAGUACUGCUUGCAGAGGUCAAUUUCCUGUGUGUUCACAAGAAGCUCCGAGCAAAAAGACUUGCCCCUGUCAUGAUCAAGGAGGUUACUCGGAGGGUUCAUUUGGAAAAUAUAUGGCAGGCAGCUUAUACCGCUGGCGUUGUUUUGCCUACACCAAUUACAACUUGUCAGUACUGGCACAGGUCGUUGAAUCCGAAGAAACUUAUUGAUGUUGGAUUUUCUAGGCUCGGUGCAAGGAUGACAAUGAGCCGAACUAUCAAGUUGUACAAGCUACCAGAGCAAACCACAACUCCUGGCUUCCGAAAGAUGGAACCCCACGACGUUCCUGCAGUUACUCGUUUGCUUAGGAAUUACUUGAUGCAGUUUGCUGUGGCACCAGAUUUUGAUGAGAAUGAUGUCGAGCACUGGCUGCUCCCCAAGGAGGGCGUCGUGGAUAGUUAUCUAGUCGAAAGUCCUGAAAGCCACCAAAUCACUGAUUUCUGCAGUUUUUACACACUCCCCUCUUCGAUACUUGGCAACCAGACCCACUCAACUCUGAAGGCGGCCUACUCCUAUUACAACGUAUCCACCAAGACUCCAUUGCUUCAACUGAUGAACGAUGCCCUCAUCGUUGCCAAGAAGAAGGACUUUGAUGUUUUCAACGCGUUGGAUGUUAUGCAAAAUGAGUCAUUCUUGAAGGAGCUCAAGUUUGGCCCCGGGGACGGGAAGCUUCAUUACUAUCUCUACAACUACCGGCUAAAGCACGUUCUGAAAUCAUCAGAGCUCGGCCUUGUGCUCUUAUAGAUUCAUCAGUCACGGGCGAGCAUUUUUGUAUGAGUGAGUUUUUUUUCUCUCUUCUUGGAAGACCUAUAUAUCCCUUUUUGUCAUAAGUUAUGCUGCUAUUUGGUAUUUCUACUUGGUUUCAAACCAAGAGAUUUAGAUGAAUUUUGUAACUUAACAUUUGUACUGAGCUUCCUUGCUAAGUACUUCACUCAUCUCUUGUUGCUUGUUGUCUUCAA